UAAUAACUCUUCUUACCGCCUUCAAUCAAAAAAAAAACAAAACCAACAAAACAAAAAAACAACAACUAAACAAAUUACAGAGGAGAGAGAGAUCACUAUGGCUGUCGGAGAUGAUGAUCUGGAGAACCGAAUGUCAGCGAAGGAUCGAGGGAUCGGUAGCAGAGGCGGUGAUCGGAAUCGAAUCGGACCGCCUCCUUUGCCGGUAGCGUUGUCGUCGUCUACUGAAUUUGGCGAUAACGCGUUGUCGUCGCGGUGGACAUCGUGGCUUGUUCCGAUGUUCGUUGUGGCUAACGUUGCGAUUUUCGUCGUGGCGAUGUUCGUCAAUAACUGUCCGAAGCAUUUCGAGUCUCACCGUCUUAGAGGUAACUGUGUCGCCAGGUUUCUCGGUAGACUCUCGUUUGAGCCUCUCCGAACUAAUCCUCUCUUUGGUCCGUCUUCUCACACUUUGGAGAAGUUAGGAGCACUUGAGUGGAGCAAAGUUGUGGAGAAGAAGGAAGGUUGGCGUCUUUUGACAUGUAUAUGGUUGCACGCCGGUGUUAUUCAUCUCGGAGCUAAUAUGCUAAGCCUCAUUUUCAUCGGUAUUCGCCUCGAGCAGCAGUUUGGUUUUGUUAGAAUAGGAGUUAUAUACCUAUUAUCGGGAAUUGGAGGGAGUGUACUGUCGUCGUUGUUUAUCAGAAACAGUAUCUCUGUUGGAGCUUCUGGUGCUCUUUUUGGCCUCCUUGGCUCAAUGCUUUCUGAACUUUUCACUAACUGGACAAUCUACUCUAACAAGAUUGCAGCACUCCUGACGCUUUUGUUUGUCAUCUUGAUAAACCUGGCUAUCGGGAUUCUGCCUCACGUUGAUAACUUUGCUCAUGUGGGUGGAUUUGUAACGGGUUUUCUCCUCGGUUUCAUUCUCCUGGCUCGUCCCCAGUUCAAGUGGUUAGCAAGAGUGCACAUGCCACAAGGGACACCUUUGAGAUACAAGUACAAGCCUUACCAAUACCUAUUGUGGCUCUUAUCUCUGGUUCUAUUGAUUGCCGGAUUCGUGGUGGCGUUGUUGAUGCUAUUUCGAGGAGAAAACGGCAAUGAUCACUGCCGCUGGUGUCGCUACCUGCGCUGUGUACCCACCUCAAGUUGGAGGUGUGAUGAUAUCUGAUAAGUAAAGCAACAUGUUUUACUUUGUAAAUGCAUAUAUAGGUUUAUCAUGUCAUUUUAUAGUGUUUCAGUGUAAUUGUGUGAUUGCUUAUGUGUGCGACUCUUAUUGAGCUUUUUUACCGGAAAGAAAAAGAGGAAGAUAUUAGUUUAAUA